ACUACUAUAUCAGCCGACCACGCAGUAAGAAAUAGAGAAGAAAUAAUAUAUAUUAAAGUAGCCUUACUUCCUUAUCCACAGUCAUUAUAAUAUCUAUCUAUACACUACAAGGAUUCAUUUGUAAAUUAUAUUAGCAUAAAAACUUUUUAUUUAUUAUCAUUUCAUCAUAGAUUUGUAUGUAGGUACAUGACAUUUUUCAUACUUUAUCAGCUGAAUAAAUGACAUAUUUUUAUCUGAAAUAAAAUCCAAGUUUUUUAAUUGGUAUUUAGUUAUUUCACCAAAUAAUAAAACAAUACCUACCUAAAGCAUGCAGCUUUUGAAGGUGAAGUCGAUUUUGAACCUAUUACGAAGUUAUAGAAUAUACACACCUCUGUGUGCACGUAGAUGGUACCCAGAUGCUGAGUUCAUGAAGAAGUUUGAUGGUGUAGCGAUCUAUUCAACCCCCGAGAUGGAAAAAUAUUGCAAGGUAUACUAUCAGGGCCAGGUUAGGCCGAUUGAGAGAAAACUGAAGAAUAUGGUGAUCAAUUUUGGUCCACAGCAUCCUGCAGCUCACGGAGUUCUUCGACUUAUUUUAGAGCUCGAAACGGAAUAUGUGCGCAGAGCUGAUCCUCAUAUUGGAUUUUUACACAGAGCUACAGAAAAACUUAUGGAAAAUAAACACUACAACCAAAGUUUACCAUUUAUGGAUCGUCUUGACUAUGUUUCUACAAUGGCAAAUGAAGUAGCAUUUUCACUGGCUGUUGAAAAACUGCUGAAUAUUGAAGUCCCCCCAAGAGCUCAAGCGAUUCGUGUUCUUGUAAGUGAAUUGUCCAGGAUCGCUAAUCAUCUCUUAAAUAUUUCUGGAACGAUACUUGAUGCGGGUGGUAUCACACCCUUUUUCUGGAUGUGUGAAGAGCGCGAGAAAAUUUAUGAACUCUUUGAAAGGGUGUGUGGAGCUCGUGUACAUAAUGCUUACGUUAGACCUGGAGGAGUCAGUCAAGAUAUUCCAAUCGGCUAUCUGGACGAUGUUUAUGAAUUUUGCAGUAAAUUGGCAGAACGCUGUGAUGAAACUGAGGACAUCGCGACAGAAAAUAGAUUAUAUUUCGAGAGAACUUCAGGAAUUGGUGCCUUAAGUGCUGAAGAUGCUAUUUCACUAGGAUGUUCAGGGCCCAUGUUGAGAUGUACUGGUGUCAAGUGGGAUAUACGGAUAGCGCAUCCGUACUGCAAUUAUGAUUUGUAUGACUUCGAUGUUCCCGUAGGAACUUUUGGAGAUAGCUAUGACCGCCAUCUCUUGCGGCUGGCGGAGUUACGACAGUCUAUUCGGAUAUGUAACCAAGUUUUGGAUUCAAUGCCAGAGGGCGAGAUAAAAACGGAUGACUCAAAGGUUUCAAUGCCUUCGAGAGCUGAAAUGAAAACAUCCAUGGAGGCGCUAAUUCAUCAUUUUAAAUUAUGCAGUGAAGGUUAUGCAGUUCCUCCUGGGUCUACAUAUGUAGGAAUAGAAUGCCCUAAAGGCGAGUUAGGUGUUUACAUGGUAGCUGACGGCACUUCAAAACCGUACCGUGUAUUUUUAAGACCUUGUUCUUACCUUCAUUUGGCGGCCCUUGGCGUAAUGGGAGAACGCAUGAUGUUAGCUGAUAUUUCUAUUCUUAUUGCAACUAUUGAUAUAGUGUUUGGAGACAUUGAUCGCUAAAUAAUUAAUUAUAAUUUAGUAGAUUUUUUUAAAUUAUAGUGUAAUAUAGAAUGUCUUAAGUCAUAAAA